UUUUCCAAUCUCCCUUUCCCCCCACCCACCCCCGAUUUCAUCUUAACCAUGCCACUUAACCAUGCCAUUGUUGGGAAUGAUAAGAUAAUUCGCUUGGCAAAUGGGUUUGUACAGCUUAAUGAUUUGAGCUUUAGUGACAAUUCAAGUUGGACCAAAACUAAGAAGUUUAGAUUGGGAGUGAAAUUUGUGGAUGACGAAAUCAAAACUAAGUUUCCAAGAAUUGAGGGAGCUAUCUCCGAACCUUUUAGAGUGAUGGAUCAGCGUGGUGAAGGGUACAAGAAACACCACCCUCCAAGUAGGGGAGAUAAAAUCUGGCGAUUAGAAGGAAUUGCCAAAAAUGGUGCAUAUCUCCAACGCUUGUCCUCCAACGAAAUAAAAAAUGUGGAUGAUUUUUUGAAGACUUAUAAACAAAAGGGUUCUACUUACCUGAAACAGCUACUUGGUGAGAAAGUCUCUAUCGGCGAACAGAAGAAGAAGAGAGGAAAAGGAGGGUGGGCGGCGGCUGGGUAGAAAAGAAAAGAAAACUGAAAGAAGGAGCAGAGGGGGGUUUGCGCGCGGGAGGAAGAAGGAAGGAAAAAAAAAAUUCUUUUCUUUUCUUUUUUCUAUUUACCUUUUCUCUUAUUUAAUAUAAUAACUAAUAAUAAUAAUAAUAAUAAAUAUAUAGUAUUAUUAUUAUUAUAACAUUUCUAAUCCCCUUUCUCCCUUAACUUCUUUUCUAAAAAAAAAAAAUCUUCAAAUUAAAAUGCAAUUUAAUUUAAAAGUAAGAUACCUUAGAGUUCGGGGUGUUAUAAUAAUACUAAAUUAUUGGUCA